GACGGCCAGAAAAGUGAACUCAUCUUGUGCAGUGCAGCUCAAGGGAGAGGGGGGAGGCUAAGGAAGCGGGGGGGCCACAAAAAAAGAGAGAGCGAGAGAGAGAGAGAGAGAGAGGAGGGACCAAGAUGGCCGCUGGGACUGACGCGUGGCGGUUGUGUGGGCCUUGCGCGGGCCCAUCGUCAACGGCUGUCCUAGAGGCGAGCGGGAGACCGGUUGCAGACAGCACUGCGCGCCAUACGGCCAGCUUCUCUCCACAGUCCGUAAAUGGUUAUAGUAUUACCCCGAAUCGAUCUCAAUCCCAAUCUCAACCUCCAUCGGGGAUCCCGACCAGCCGAUGGUGCUCUCUACUUCCUUUACCGGCGAAACGUUUGUCGGCAGUUUUCAGGCCAUCGGCCUCAAAGAGGACGUUUGACGUUCGCGCGAGUGACGCUUCAUCACUCGCUUCACCAUCGCCAUCGUCUUCUUCCUCCUCUUCCUCCCCUUCCUCGUCUUCCUCCUCCUCACCACCAUCAUCUACGUCGACAUCGGAUUAUAUAUCUCCGGCUAUGUUCGUUGGACCUGAUGCUAAUCUCGCAUUGCGGAAGGGAGGGGCACCUUUCUUCAAGAAUGUAGAUGUGCUAUAGCCUAUAGCUGUUUUUUUUUUUUUUUUUUUUUUUGGGGNUGUGUGUGUGUGUGUGUGUGUGUGAGAGAGAGAGAGAGAGAGAGAGAGAGAGAGAGAGAGAGAGAGAGAGAGAGAGAGAGAGAGAGAGGUGUUUUUGAUGAUAUUGUACAGGUUGUGAAAAAGACGAGAAAAGGAAUUUUGUGUUGAUCUUGUAAGCGGAGGAGGAGAGAGACGAGGAAGAGAAACUUUGGGAGCGGGGAUAUGGACUGGCAAGAGGCAGCCCGCCUGGUUUUUUCCCGUGUACAGGCUCUUGACGCGGAGAAUGUGUCUAAGAUAAUAGGCUGGUUAUUGAUGCAAAAUAGGGCGGAGAAGGAGAUGCUUCGGCUAGCCUUGGCCUCAGAGACUGUGCUCCGAGCGUUGGUAGUGAAGACGAGAAAAGAGUUGGGGAUAGUACAAGGAGGGGAGGAGCGAAAACAACAACAGCAACAACAACAACAACAACAACAACAACAACAACAACAACAACAACAACGACAAGAAGAAGAAGAAGAAGAAGAAGAAGAAGAAGAAGAGGAGGAGCAAGGACAACAGCCUGCGAGUGGCCGGGCUGCGUUGCAGCAGCAUGUAACCACGGUGGGGGUGAAAUUACGGGGCCAAGGCUUAUGCAAGGGUAAUUAUAAUCCAUCCUCACGCGGUUCCAAUCGAAGGCGAAGUCAUCAAAGUGAUCUGACGUCAGUGGAGGAGAAACGACAGCAGCAGCAGGCCCAAGAGAGCAUUCAGCCAUCGGCGCCGCAUCUCGGAAAUCGGUUAUGUCGUGAGUCUUCUCGACGGCCCGCAUCAUCAACAGCGGUGUUGGCAACAGCAGCAGCAGCAGCAGCAGCAGGAGGAGGAGGAGGAGGAGGAGGAGGAGGAGGAGGAGGAGGAGGAAGGAAGGCGGAGAGUAGUACGAGGAUAGGACGGUUUCCCACCACUUCCAUGGGUCUGUCCGUCGUGCAUUCGCCGACAGGGAUGUUGACGUCAACGAAUGAUUUGUCAUCCCAUCCCCAUCCCCUGACGUUGAUCCUGCCGAGUAGGCAGGGUCAGACGGCCCCCACCCUCCAGCCACAACAGCAGCAGCAGCAGCAGCAGCAGCAGCAAUGGACUGCUGCAUUGCAACAAGGGCAAUUAACGGAAGCAGCGGCAGCGUCAAUGACCCAUCAACAGCAGCGGUCGCAGCAGCAGCAGAAGCAGAAGCAGCGAAUGUCGAAUGUAGGCGUAUCUGCGCACGCAAUGGGACAUAGUAAUAAUCAGCAUAAUCAUAAUCAUAAUAAUCAUCAUAAUGAUAAUCAUCAUAAUCAUUAUGAUCAUCAUAAUCAUCAUAAUCAUCAUAAUCAGCAGCAGCAGCAGCACGAGACACAGCUGCGGAAGGAAGACGAUCUGUUCUUCGACGCGGACGAGUUAUUCGCGGCCGGAUUGAAUCAUCACAGUCCAUCUUGUAGGUCGGGAGGCGGAGGAGGAGGAGGAGGAGGAGGAGGAGGAGGAGGAGGGAGGAUCAUCUCCGCCGGAGAGGUCAUCUCAUCGCCUCUCCAGCAUCAGAAUCCGUUUUCCCAUCAUCAUCAUCAGCAGCAGCGGCAACAGAGCUUGGCUAUGGAUACCAUCAAGAUGCCGAACGCCAUAGCCAUUGAUGAUGGCGAUGGCCCCGACGCGACCGCCCCCCAUUCUCAGGCCUAUUUCGCCUGGAAGCCGUGCCUCUUUUUCGCGAAAGGGUAUUGCAAGCAUGGCUCCAACUGUCGUUUCCUGCACGGUUCCGCUAAAAACGGUACAGGUUCAUCCAGCGGUGGACAUUUAUCCUCCGUCGCCGGCUGCGGCUCUGGCUCUGGCUCUGGCGACAGCGGACCUGUUCGGAAUCCGACAUCAGGUGGGAGUCCUCCACGUGCUGGGGGUGAUGGCUGCAGCGAUGUCUCGUCGGGAUCGGGAUCGGGAACGGCGACCUCUUCGGGAUCUAGCUCCUCCUCACAUCGACUCGAAGCCGAACUGUGCGAGCUCUUGAGAGGAAGGAGAUCGCCUGUGUCCAUUGCUUCUCUGCCACAGCUGUACUCCGAGCGAUUCGGUAAAUCCCUGCAGGCGGAAGGGUACCUCACGGAGAGUCAGAGACAUGGGAGAGUAGGGGGGUAUAGUUUGACGAAGCUGCUCGCCCAGUUGAAAGAUACUGUCAGACUAAUCGAACGGCCUCAUGGACAGCACGCUGUUGUCCUCUUCGAGGAUGCCGACAAGCACUUAGGAACGAUUCAUACGGAGAGGGAGGAGUCGAGCCACACGAACAAUAGCAGCGCUCAUCAGAUCUACCUGACUUUCCCAGCAGACAGCACAUUCACGGAAGAUGAUUUGUCCGAGUACUUCAGUGAGCCCGGAGACGAAGUGGGCGAGAAGGAAGUUAGCCAUAGCGACAGGGUAGCAGCGGCCAUAGCCGCCAUAGCGCAAGACGAUGGCAAUGGAUAUAGACCUGUAGAGUUCAUGUCUGCUAGGAUGCCUUCAGAAAAGGUAGCGACAUCUACCUAUGAGAGGGAACUCUACGCUCUCAGGCAAGCAUUAGAGCAUUGGAAGCACUACUUGCUUGGGAGGCACUUCAAAGUCUAUUCAGACCACGAGACAUUAAGGUGGUUGAAGACUCAGGCCAAGAUGAAACCUAAGCUGACUAGGUGGGCCGCAGAGCUAGACCAAUAUGAUUUUGAGCUCAAGCCCGUCAAAGGGAAGCAAACCGCGAUCAAGUUGGCGGAUGGAAAGACGCAGCAACUACUCGACCGUUGCAUUGAGGCCGUACCCGUCUACUUCGCACCUCAUGCAUGCGAACCGGUGACAUUCGAUAUUCUCGACACGGACUUCGACAUCAUUCUUGGAAUGCCUUGGCUUGCAAGUGCGGAUCACACGGUCAACUUCCAUCGGCGGACUCUUAGCGUUCGCGACGCCUUCGGCGCGGAAGUGGCGUGUACGAUUCCUCUACCGCACUCUUCGAUCCGGUGCCAAGUGGUGAUGGCCAAAUCAUUCCGGGCGACUUAUGCUUACGAGCAGCCCGAGGAGAUCAGCAUAUGUUUCCUACGGACCGUCGCGGUAGCCGAUUCUUCACCCAUGGACUUGUCUUCGGACCCCCGUGUGGUACGGUUGCUGGACGAGUUCGCCGACAUCUUCGAGUCACCUACCGGUGUGGUGCCAGGUCGGCCGAUCUCUCACGAGAUCAUUCUUGAGGCCGGUGUCGUGCCGCCGAAAGUUUGCAUCUAUCGGAUGAGCGAGGAGGAGCUUGAGGUACUCCACGCACAACUCGAUGAUUUGUUGGCCAAGGGCUGGAUCCGCCCGAGUAGCUCCCCAUAUGGAGCACCAGUUCUCUUCGUCAGGCAGAAGAACAAGGACCUACGAUUGUGUAUCGACUACGGCAAGCUCAACGUGCAAACCGUCAAGAAUGCGGUGCCUCUUCCUCGCAUCGACGAUCUUCUCGAGCAACUGGGCGGUGCGAAGUAUUUUUCCAAGUUGGAUUUGAAAUCAGGAUAUCAUCAAAUCUCGAUUCAGCUGAACGAUCGCUACAAAACCGCAUUCAAGACGCGGUACGGACAUUUUGAGUGGGUGGUCAUGCCUUUUGGCCUCACCAAUGCCCCGACGACGUUCCAGGCGGCGAUGACCAAUGAGUUCCGUGCAAUGUUGGACCGGUUCGUGCUGGUCUACUUGGACGAUAUUCUCGUCUACAGCCGGACAUUGGAGGAUCAUCUUGGACAUCUUCGACGAGUGUUGGAGACGCUCCGCCGUGCCAAGUACAAGGCCAAACGCGACGAGUGGGAAUUUGUCCGGCAAGAGCUGGAAUACUUGGGCCAUUUUGUCACACCGGAGGGCAUCAGUCCGCUAUCGGACAAGAUUCAGGCCGUCCAAGAGGGGACGGAGCCUCGGAACGUCACGGAUGUCCGCUCGUUCCUCGGUCUUACCGGCUACUAUCAGCGCUUCAUCAAAGGCUACUCCAAGAUCGCGGCCCACUUGAACAAGCUUCAGUGCGAGGAUCGACCGUUUGACUUUGGAGAGGAGGCGCGAGGAUCAUUCUUCUCUUUCAAAGCCGCGCUAUUAUCUGCAGAGGUCUUGCGAAUCUACGACCCGUUCGCGCUUACGCGUGUCACUACGGAUGCGUCAGGCUAUGGCAUUGGUGCAGUCCUCGAACAACAUGAUGGUGUGGACUGGCACCCGGUCGAGUACUUCAGCAAGAAAGUGCCCCUCGUGCAUUCCAUUGACGAUGCAUGCAAGAAGGAGCUCCUCGCCUUCGUCCACGAGCUCAAGCGGUGGCGGCAUUUCCUCCUUUGUUGAAGCUAAUGUCGCUGGGUAACGGACAACAAUCCAUUGGUCUUCUACAAGACCCAAGACACCGUCAACAACACCAUC